CGGGUACAAAGCACUCGGUUCGUCGGAAAAUCCCGCCCAGUGUAAAGUCGACUCCACAGGUGACGGAUUUUAUGUUAUAUGACAGUGAUAACUACGUAAAGGCGACGUUGGUGUAAGGAUUUGAAUAAUGGUGACUAGUUAAUGACAAGAGCUGAACGCGUUGGGAUGGUGCCUUUUCGGUGUUGGCUGUUUCUUCCGCUGCUACUUUGCAUCUAUGAGGUCAACAGUCAAGCAACGGACGUAGAUGUGAAGUUGGUGGCACCAAGUUGGGUGGCGCGAGGCAGUUCAGCGAAGCUACGAUGCCUCCACCAGGUCCCGCCGCAAUUACUCUACAAAGUGGAGUUUCUGCGCUCCGGUGCAAAGAUCCUGCAAUAUGUCCGAGAACGGGUACCACCUUACACCAAUUAUACCUUUCAAGGAGGCAAGGUUAAUAUGUCUCUCGUAACGGAAAACUCCAUAACCUUGGAAAACUUGGACCCUACUGCAUCAGGGCUGUAUUGGUGCGAGGUGUCUUUAGAAACGCCAAUUUUCACAGCAGCUUCACCUCCUCAUCAACUAACGGUUGUCUAUUCUCAAAAGCACCCGCCAAUAAUAACUUUCGGAAAGCCUGAUGUUGUGGUUGGAGGAUUACUUCGAGCGAAUUGUACUAGCGCCCCGGCUGCCCCCGCUCCCAAACUAAUCUGGUACAUUGAUAAUGAAAAGGUGCCUGAAGACUCAAUUAAGUACUUCUCAUACCGCGUGUCAAGUUCCACCAGGACAAAAGGAGGGGGGAACCGACAUCGGAAGUACCAACAUCGAUACAUAGCACCGGAGUUAAACUACACGGCCAAAUACUGGGCGCUGGUGAGUGAGACGACCACCGCGUCUCCGGCGAAUCUUAAACACAGCAAAUGUACCUUGAAGGACGGCCACGAGGAAGUCGCGAAGAUCGAAAAACCACGUGAAUUAGCUCCACCACCCAUAUCCUUAUGGGUGUCCAUUGCUGAGUUACGAACUCCAGCCCAUGGGCGUCUGCAGCUCACAUGUACAGCGACCAUACCCGAAGAAGUGGGACCAGGAGAACGUUUCGCGGAUAUUAAGAAGCAGACUGUCACGGUUGCAGUGAACGAGCUGACUUUGAAGAAACCUCAAUCGGAUACAAGUGUCGCAAAUGGUACGGCGACCCCGCUUCACAAUUUCACCCCAAUUUGGCUUAUUGGUUACAGUUUCCUUAUCCAAGAGCUUAGAAUAACCCUAGUAUAAAUUCCCUAAGAUUUCUAGACGCAUAAGUAUUUUUGUAAUUAUGUUCGUCUCACUUUCAAGGUGUACGGUUGUCCUUAUAUUUGCUCUUUUUUUUAACAAAAUGGUGUUCAAUGUAGAAAUUUAUCAGAUAUCUAAAAAGAGACGAAUAUUAGAAAGAACCCUAUUUAUGUAAGCUUCCUUCAGGUCAAUUAAUUAUUUAUGUACCUAUAUUUUUGUAUGACAGAGUUUACUUUACUUAGGUAACGCACUACCCUCUAUAGCGUAAAGAGCCAAAAGAUAUAUUUUAAAACGUUAUUUAUCUUUAAACUAGAUCUCAGCGUCAAAUAACUAAUUUAAAGACUGCAUAAGUUAGUAAAGAUUUUUAAUUUUUUUAUAAAAUGCAAUUUGCCAACGUCUUUUACUACUUGGUUACAUGCCUCUUCCCGUCCGCUUCUCUAACCAACUUCAAGGAAUCUUUUUAAUCUCAAUAUUACUUGCAAUAAGCUGACUAUAGAAAAAGAGGUGUGUCUGAUCCAUUUACCUGAUCAUUCUAUUUAUUUUAUUUCGUGUUAAAGUCUAACGAUUGCGAAUGUGACUGAAGAAUAUUUGUUUGAAAAAUCUUAUCUCUGCAUAUCACAAAGACUAUGCAUUACAGAUGUACCAUUUAUUAGAUUAAUGUUUUUUUUAAUGAAAAUUCAAUGCAUGAAGUACCAAUGUCCUUUUUGUGUCAGGUCAUAACGUUAAUGAUGUAAAUACAACUACUGAUAUAUUUAUGUUUGAAAAUUUGUGCUUUUAGGACUUUUAUACUUAAUCCUUCGCAUCUACCUAUCUGUACCUGAGCUUACUGUCUAUUAUAAAAAUUCAUUCAGUAAAGAAAUAUAUAAAUUUGUAUCAAUGUUUGUAUCAAAAUCAUUUUCCGUAUACACCAAAUAAAGAAGUUAAAGAUCGAACUUCCGAUCGCUUUCAUAUCUAGCAAUUAAAUAUGGCUUUAUUCCUCUAAAUUGAACGAUUGAACUAGUUUCAUGAAGUAUAUAGUGUUACACUGUGAAAAUUAAUAAUAGUGAUUGCCUCUGGGAUUUUAUUUUUGUAAUCUAUUCCAGUAGACUUAAUUUGGAUUACAAAAAUCAAAUCUUGUAUGAGGCGUUGAAUGUCUUCCUGCAGCUCUAUACACUGACUAUUGUAGAUAUUUUUGUUGCUGGUUGAUUCAUACAAUGAGGGCUUAAAUUAAAUCUUUCUGUUUAUAUAAAUAUAUAAUAUUGUAAUUUAUUUAUAAUUUGAUGCCAGUUGUAUGAAUCAGCUAUUAAGUUACGAUGUUGGGCAUUUUUAUAAGGCGAUUGAUCUAAUACAAUAUAGUCGAAUCAAGUGCAUGUUGGGUAAGGUUUAUUGCAACAAUUGCAGACUAAUAAAGAGUGUGUUUUAAUAGUAAGCUUAAGUUAUAGCAACGUAUACGUACAGAGCGUACGCUCUGAAAUUCGAAUGAACAUUGAAAUUAAUACUUACUUAGCAUACCGAUUUCCUCUCAGCCAAGAGGUUACAAUUGUUUUAAUUUCUACAUUAUCUCAUUCUAUUAAAAAAAAUAAUCGAUCUUAUUGCACUGGUUCUACUUAAAUUCUCUUUCGUCUCUUUCUGACAAAUUGUCUUUCCGCUGAGGUACGAAGAUACAAAUUACUAGACAAAUUUAUUUUUGCAUGUAGUACAUUAUUAUAGAAUUAUUUUAACGUUGAAAGUGAAAUUUUAAUCCCACGCCCCACUCUGAUCGAGUAGAAAGAGUCUGCACGAGCAAUGUAAGUGACUCGUGGAUUUAUAAAAUCCAGAAUUUCACAUAGUUCUUCACAGAGUAAAGCCGAUCAUCCACCGCCAACUAAACUAAGUGAAAACUAAUCUUAGCGAACUAAACUAAACUAAAUUUGUUCGUCUACCAAAGAAUCCGAUAAACUAUGGCAGUGAUGGUCAGUUUAUGCUAAAACCUUGAUUUAACGGCACAUGAUGGAAGAAGAGACAAUCUUCAUAGGAAAAGAAGAUUUUUAAUUUUAGAAAGAUAAAUCGCAAACACAGAUAUUGGAUAAGUAAAAACAUUAAAUACUGGAAAAAUUUAGUAAAUGUAGCAAAUUUAACACUUUCUUCUUCUGGACGACGAAAAUUACUAUCGUAUCGUUACUAUCUAGAGAACAGUUUAAUGACUUAAUACCUUACUUGUAACUGACUUGACUUAAUGCUUACCAAGGACAUCGCUAUGAUUGAUAUUAAUUAUCGAAAAGCCUUCGAAGCGAAAGCGCCACAGGGAUAAUGAAACUGGGAGUGAGAGCGCCUUGGUUUAGCUCACUUAUUUACGGUUGGGCCUAUACAACUAAGUUUGACUCAGCUCGGCUAUUUUACGUAACUUAGCUGGCAUAGUUUAGGUGAACGCAUAUGUAUAAAAAACUGGCUCAACUGUGCGAGCUAAGCAUAACUAGCUUAGUUUAGUUUGCGGUGGACGAUUGGCUUUAGAAUUGCCAAACAUCGUAACAAUCGCUACAAAAUGUGAUAAGUGUAUAAGCGAAAUAUUUUAAAAUAGAUCAGUUAUGUAAAGAAAUUAUAUUAUAUAAAGUGUUGAUAUAGAUAUAGAAAUAAGAUGUAUAGUAGAUAACUGUGGUUGGGAAGCCAAUAAUUAUUUUGUGCUUGCUCAUUUCAUUUUAGAUUUAUCAUAUUAUUUUGUCGAAAUGUAUUGUAAUGAGUUUUGUACAACGAUUUAGUGAUUUUCCUCAAUGAAAUUAUAUUUGAUUACGAUUAAGCAAAUAAUUAAUAACAGUAGAAAAUAA